CAAAACCCUAACCCUAACAUCUCUCCCUCCCUGCGUCUGUUGCACACAAGCACACACCCAAUCCCCCACACAGUCUCUCCUGUGCCAAUUAACCUCCGAAGAAAAUGGGUCGAGUUCGUACCAAGACUGUGAAGAAGUCCUCACGCCAAGUGAUCGAGCGCUACUACUCUCGCAUGACCCUCGACUUCCACACUAACAAGAAAAUUCUUGAAGAGGUCGCUAUCAUCCCUUCCAAGCGCCUCCGCAACAAGAUUGCCGGGUUUUCUACCCAUCUCAUGAAGCGAAUCCAGAAGGGUCCAGUUCGCGGGAUCUCACUCAAGCUUCAGGAGGAAGAGCGCGAGCGCCGCAUGGACUUUGUUCCUGAGGUUUCCGCCAUCAAAAUUGACCAGAUUGAGGUCGAUAAGGAGACUAUUGAUAUGCUGGCUGCUCUAGGUAUGGGUGAUAUUCCUGGGAUUGUUCAGGUCGACCCGGUUGCUGUGCCUGUGACCCAAUUUGUGUUUGGUAGAGGUGGUGCCGGUGGUAGACCAGGGGGGAGGUUUUAAAUUUAGAAGUCUUGUUUGUAUUUCGUUUUUAUACUAUUUUGAUCAGCUACGGAGAUUUUGGUUUUGUUCUAGCAUGUUAGAAACAUUUUGGUAAUUUGCAAUUUAUGAUUAACUAUGGCCCAAGUACUUUGUGUUC